AUGGCAAUGAUGACGAGCACAUCAACUUGUUCGCCAGUGGCCGGCUCUCCGUUGAUGAUGCUCUUGUUUAAGGCAAUGCAAGAAGGAGCAGACAGUGAAGAUGAAGCACGGAGACGGAGAGAACAACUAAAUCGGAGGCCCUCAUACCGGUCGUCUCAGUUGAAUAGGGAGAAGAAGGAAUUUCUUUUGCAUUUCACUCUUUUCUUUUGGAGUGUCUUCUGUAAUGGGUUAGAUCGGAGCUACACAACUUCUGAUUCAGAGACGUCUUCCUCCACUCCAUCCACUCCGACGGGGACGGUCCGCUUGUCAGCAUUCCGUCCACUAUCGAUGACAACAAUUAAUCCAGCCUCGUACUCUCAUCAACCAACCUAUCCACUUUUCGGUACAUCAACACCAGUUGCGAAUCCGAGCGUCACUGAUGUUGCGACGGCUCUUUUCAGAAUGACCACUCCACUUGGGGGAGAUGGGAAUCCGUUGACUUCGCGAGAUCGUUGCAUGAUACUCAAAGAUCUGGAGACAGCGGAUAAGGUAAUGAAGAAAGAACCAGAAGAAACGCCACCGUCCAGUGUUGACGUCUCGCCAUUACAGUCAGUAAUGCGACCGCCUCCACCGCAACUACCUGGACCACCACCACCCGCUGUUCCGACCGCAGUAACACCGAAUCGAAUUGUGACCUCUAGCAGUGCUGCAUCACCAUACGGAUCACCACUGGGAGCAUCACUUCUAUCAAGUCAACCACUGGUACUUCCAUUUGCUCCGAUCAAUGGAGAUUUUGAUUUCAAUGCGGCGAUUGCGGCAGUUUCACAACCAAAACCGGACGAUUGGGGCAGGAGAAGGAAAAGAAUAGUUUCUCUCUCUCUUUUUUCCCCUCUGUAUUAUUUUUCGGAGGAGUGCCCGGACCAAUUCGGAACAACUGAUUGGCAAUCACCGAUGCUCUCGGGUGGAUACAGUUCCAGUCCAUCGCCAACAAUGACUGGAAGCAGUGGAUCGAUGAGAAUGGGUGGUGGACCAAUGCAUGGUGGAGAGGAUGAAUCAAAUAGAAAGCGACAAGUACGGUUGCUCAAAAAUCGAGAGGCAGCAAAAGAGUGUCGUAGGAAAAAGAAGGAAUAUGUGAAAUGUCUUGAAAAUCGUGUAUCGGUGCUGGAAAACCAGAAUAAGGCAUUGAUCGAAGAGCUGAAAACUCUGAAAGAGCUGUAUUGUCGAAAGGAAAAAGAUCAAAUGUGA